UUUGGAACGACUUUGCCGAAUGCCCUAAUAUUGAUUAUUAAUCGGUGCAUGCCUAAUUGGGUUAUUUUUUGAUUCAAAACGGGACAUAAAACAUGCUUCUGUACUGUAAAAGUAGGCCGAACUCAAGAGAUCCAAUACCCAAUAAUAUUGUGAAAAUCCAAUAGAUUGGGUGACCAAUAUUAUUGGUCCCAAUAGAUUGGGUGACCAAUAUUAUUGGUUCCAAUAGAUUGGGUGACCAAUAUUAUUGGGACCCAAUAAAUUGGGUGACCUGUAUUAUUGGAACCCAAUAUAUUGUAUUGGUGCAUGCCUAGAUAUACAUACAUAUACAUUUACUGAUGAAAACAACGGCAUUAAAAAUGGUAAAAAAUAUAUUAUAACAGUUAGAUGUAUUUACGUAUUUGAAUCGAGCUUUGUCCUGCCUAGUCCAUUCGGUUCAUCAUUCAAUGAUGAUAAUUCAUUUCAAUCGGAACCAUUGAUUAUUAAUUUAACAAGUCAAUGUUCGCCACCGCAGUCAAUCGAUCUUAAUGUUAGCAAUAGUAGUGAUUAUCCUAUUAUGCAAACAAAAAUUUACCCUACAACUGAUAGAGAAAGCGAACGGAUGGUUGAUGCAUAUGAUAUUGAAUUAAUAAAGAUAGAAAAUGAUAUACCAUUAGUAAUAAGCAAUGUUGUUCGCGAUUCUUCAACACCAUUUUCGCCUGAAUAUACAUUUGACAUGUUGAUCAUUGAUGCACAGUCUUUGAGUGCAACGCCGUUAAACACUCCUGCUUAUGCAGUACAAGCAAGAGCAAUACAACUUCAUAAUGAAACUUCUUAUCUACAUAAACCAAGUGACUAUGUUCGUAGCAACAAUAUUUUUCGUCGAAUUGCUCAUGUAACAACUAUGAAUGUUAUAUUUCCAACAAUUAUCGCCACAAAUGUACGUGAUUACAAUACAAUUUCAGUUCAAUGGACGAUUCCAUCUUCAUCAAUAAAUGAUUUGUUUGGUUUGGCCAUUCAUGUGUUAUCAAAAGAUCUAAUGAGCGGUACAACUGUGUUGAAUACAGAAUUAUAUUCAAAGAAUCAAAUCUCAGCUGCUACAACAACCACAAUACAAGUAUCUGAUCUGUAUACAAAAUUACAAAAGCAAAUCUCCGCCACAUCAAACAUAUUUGUAAUUGGUAUACGAAGUAAAGUUAGUGUAGAUCAAUCAACGGCGGGAUUGCUGGACAGUAUUAUUGUAUUCGAUAAUACCAUUCAGUCAAUACUGAAUUUUUUAACUCCACCAGUAGUUAUUAAUCAGUUAUUUGAUAUAACCAAUAAUCAAUUAGUAAUUACAUUAAUAGCAGAAAAUUUAUCAGCUGUACAGUAUGAGUGCCAGCUAAUCAACAAUAACAGUAUAGAUUUAACAGCGUUCGUUUUUGAUAUAACGUCAACAUUAUAUCAGAUAUCCUCUAACUUGUCAUUAUCAAUUGAUGUUAAUAAAUUAUAUACAGCAACAACAAAUGAAGUUAGUUGUAAUAAUUUUGCUAUUGUAACUUGUACGAAAACAACGAAUCAUUCACUUAGUAGUUUAACGGGUGUUUAUAAUCUAUCCAAUAUUACUUUGCAACAAUUACAAUCAAUUGAACCAUCAUCAAUAACUUGUAAUUUAUAA